UUCCACACAUAUCCUCAACCUUCAGCCCUGAGAGAACGAAAGAAAACACUUUUAAAGUAAUAGGUAAACAAUGUCUGUAUCCACACUAGAGAUGGACAAGAAAUGGUCACUCUCUAGCCACCAUUCAGACAUCAACGAGCGAACAUUCUUCGAGAAAAAGGCUAAAAACAUGGCUGACGAGUUUCCCGGCGCUGUAAAAAUGAUAGGCGCGGACUUCACAAACAGGGAUGAGUCUAGUCAUAAGAGGAAACAUGAAGAUUCAGAUGCAAAUGAUGAACUAAAUACGAUUAAAAGACGACAUCGAACGACGUUUUCCAAAGCACAACUCGACGCGCUCGAAGAAGCUUUCGGAAGAUCACAAUACCCCGACAUCUUUACGAGAGAACAACUCGCAAAAAGAAUCAAUCUAAAUGAAGCACGAGUGCAGGUGUGGUUUCAAAAUCGACGAGCGAAACAUCGAAAACAAGAACGUCAAAAUCCCCGCGUUCCAUUUCCAUUCCACUCCGGAAUUUUCUACCCCAACGAAACAGCGUACCCGCCUCUGAUUCCAGCAUAUUAUCCAGUGCCUCCAACAACGUGCCAGAUAAGUUCACUCCCCGGCGUCAAAUCAUUACCCGACAGUCUGCGCUCAAUCACCAACCCUGUGCGGUCACCCUGUGGUACGUGUGCACCGGGGAGUUUUUGCUGUGAGACUGGGACGAGACGGAAAAUGUGGAGCCCACCAUUAACAAGAAGAUCUAUAUCUCCAUUAAAGAGUUACAUACAUGAUAAACCAGAAUAUCUCGAGCGAGAACCUUGGUCUAGCAAGAGCCUUGCACUUUUGAGAAUGAGAGCUCAAACCUACAGCCGGGGCUAUGGCGGCAUUCCCAAUUGCCAUUCUUGAUAACACAUUUUCGUCAUAAGACAAAACUGUAAUCAUUAGUAGGCAUUUAUCUUGCCUACUUCUAAGCUCAAUAACCCGUGUAGCUCCGUUGCCUUUCUUUCUCCCGAGCGGACAUGGGUGAUAAGGAGUAGUUCAUAUGUUUUAAGAAAUUCUGAAAUAGUACCAUCUGAAGAAAAAAUGCGAGGCUGCAAAAGGUAUUACAAUGUACAUAAUAUAUGAUUAAUGUCCUGUAAAUCUAAUACAAAGGUGACAAACUGAGUUUGCUUUUUUUUGCUUGAUAAUUUUUUACUAGACUAAGCUUGAUUCAAGAGCAUAUAUUUAUCAAUCAGAAAGAAGAAAGAAAAAACAAAGCGCAAAGACAAGAUUUAUUCGUAGAGUUAUCUUUAAAAAUCUGAAGGGGAAAAUUUGUAAAAUUUAGCUGCAAAAUCUUGUCAACGAUUUGUAAUGUGAUUCAGAAAUUCUCGUUUUCUAAACUAGUCUCCCCCACAGACGCUUUCAGUGUCGUCACGCAAAGCGUUACGUGACGACACUGAAAGCGGCUGUGGGGGAGACUACUUCUAAACCGGUCUUAAACUAGAAUUUCCUGAUCCUUCGAGCAACAAGAAAAUCGCGUUUACUACUUUUGUAUAAGAGAUGUUUCAAAAUAAAACAAAUAUUUCCAUAAGUAAAUAAAUGACUCAAACAUUUUAACAGAAUCAAAUAUAUAGUGUUUACUAAAUAAACCACAAAUUUUAUAUCCC